UUAUGUUAAAGGAACAGUGUAGCGGAUACAAGCUAUGCUGACGAAAAUCGUUUAAAAGUUGAUAUCGUCGAAAAAAACUGAGACAAAUAUGAUGUAUUUAAACAAAAAUAAGAAAACUGACAUGUCGAAGAUCAAUAAGGAAACAGAUUCCUCUCGUUACAAGUUUAAAUAUUUAGAUGACAAUCGUAAAGUUUACCAUGCAGAAUAUAGAACUUUCGGCAACCACAAGCAUAUAUUCAGUGGAAGUUGUGAAGGACAACAAGCACUCACGAUAGAGAAAAAUGUUGAUAUGAUGUCAGACAUAUAUGAAGCUACAGGAAGAAGUACAACUAUGUACAUGUACAAGACGAGAGUAUUGCUUAUCCAUGGACAGCUUGUCAAACAACGUGCGGAUGCACUGGUAAAUAUAAUAGGCAAAGAUGAAAAAUCCUUCGACAGCGGCGAUAUUUCAAGAUCGUUUCUAGAAGCUGGGGGCCAGCUAUUACUGCAGAUGUAUCAAGAAAUAGAUAAAUCAUCGUGUGGUAGCGUUGUAGUGACGAGUUCAUCCGGACAGCUCCUAAAUAAAUGUUCCGCUGUUUUCCACGUCAAGGUGAUGGAAAGUGUCCGAAUGAAAAAGAUGAUGCAUCAGGUCAUUGCCGAGAUAUUUACAGAAUGUUGUGCCUGGAACUAUAAUUCACUUGCGUUACCUCCACUUUGUAACAACUCACCCAGUCCUGAUCUAGCCAAAACUAUGCUCACAGAAAUAAAUCAACAUUUGAAAUCUGGAAGCAAUCAAUUGAAGGAAAUCUUCCUGCUAGUGAAUGAUGACGAAACAUAUUCCGUUUUUGAAGACGCUUGCAGAACGCUUUCAUUUAUCCCUGUGUGUAAUGCUAUGAAUAAGAAUCAACAAUGUAUGUUGAACCGACAAGAAUCGGAAAUGAUUAAAGCUGUUCAGCCAGUACCGAAUCCGGCAAUAACUGUAACAGCAGAAAGCAAACUUGUUUGUACUUCGGCAAAAGACAAUUUUGAGUCUUGUUUGAAAAACGAAUGUCUACAUGAGAAAAUAAUUGACAAGGAUGACGAUCUGUCUACAUACGCUAAAGAAAAGAUCAAAACUAUUGCAUCUUUAAACGAUAUUGAAUGCAUUGAAGAGGACACAUAUUUCUUACUUAGAGGCCACGAAGGAACGGUACAAAAUGUGUAUUGUGACAUAAAGAAAGCACUUAUUGAAGAAAAAAGCACAUGUAAUGUGCGGCCUGUAAGUCAUGAUAUUAAUAGAAACACACGCACAUUUGUUGAAUCAAUGCUUGACUGUGAACCACAAACUCCAAACUACUGGAAGAAUUACAAACAAGGACACACAGUUACCUCUUUGCUAGUUUCAACUAGGCGUGUCGCAUCAAAGAAAAGGUUUGAACUUCAGCAACUAAAGAAAGGCUCUCGUGCGUUUUCUACUAUUGUUAGAAUGAUAAAUGCAACAUUUGACAGCGAUUUGCUGGGAGUAGGAAAGGACGCAAAAGGUCUGGAGGACUUCACAUACAAGAAAUUAUUUGUACAUAAAGUUGAAAGAGUAGAAAACCUUGACCUUUAUGAACAAUUUUUCAGAAAAAGACAAACACUGUACAGGCGUCUGUACAAAGCGGGUCAGGUGACAUUCCCAAAGUUAGAAGAUAAACGUAAAUGUUCAGGUCCUGUAUUAACUGCUAGUUUCGUACAUCCUUCUCUAGAUCAAGACAUUCAUUCUGGUUUAAAUGAGUACUUACUUUUUCAUGGUACAAAAUUUGAAAAUGUUGACACCAUUUGCAGCGACGGACUUGACCCAAGGAUAAGCAAUGGUGAUUGUAUGUUUGGCCGUGGAAUAUAUGCAGCUGAAUGUGCUACAAAAGCAGACCAAUACGUCGAUGAUAUACACAGUCGUUCUGCUGGACGUGGUAACAAAAAAACUAUGUUACUUACACGUAUGAUCCUUGGCAACUGCCAUGUCUGCUAUCAGAAUAAACCACAGAAAUUUCGGAGACCACCUUGUACCACUUGUCUUCAAGAUGACUGCCGUGAUAUGCGACAUGUUGAUAAAUUUGGUCAUUCCUAUGAUUCUGUAGUGGCUGACAACCGGAAGUUGUUUCGAGAGUUUGUUGUUUACGAUAGUUGUUUAUGCUAUCCAGAAUACUUGAUUACUUACGAAAGACGUUAAUGAGUCCAUCGUGGGAUACCCACGGCCGAAUCAUUAAAUCAACAGUGGGUAUCCGACGAUGUAAUUAGUCACUAGAAGUUAGUCAUUUAUAACAACUGUGUAUUUGUUUCACCGAGGAGAAGAAAUUGUUCAGACAGAAGUUUUGUUAACUUUCCAUAGAAUUGAAAAUGUCUGAAAAUUUCAGAAAAAAAUUGAACCAAAUACUUCUCUUGUUUGCAAAAUAAGAAAUAGGACAAUGCUUGCUAUAUUUGUACGUACAAUUUUCUCUUGAGUACCGCUCAAGCCGGUGCUAGGGGGCGUGAGGGAUGUUGCACUUAUUCAUUAUCCCUCAUGUACAGACUCAGUCAAACCGAGUCUGCAAUUCUUAUGUUAUUUUGUUGUGAUUGAUGCUUCCGAGGGAUCGCUUUGUUUCCAGAAUUUUCUACUUUUAUCGAGACAAAAAAAACAACAUUCAGGCUUAAAUGUUCAAUAUUACUAUGUAUUGCUUGAAAUACGUUUCUUGUUACAAAAUAUAAAAGAAAUGACAAUUCUUACAAUGUUUUCUUUGACUUUGAUGGUGAGUACUUUCAUAUUCAAACAUAUUUGGCCAAUGAUAAAAGUACAUACAUACUUACAUAAAUCCGUACCUCAAGAAAGUAUAUAUAUAAGUUGCCAUAUUUUAACAUUAGAUUUAAGGAGAAAGUAAGAUUGUUUUACAAUUAAUUGAUAAAGGAACACUGAAUUAUUUAACAGUGGUUGAAUUAUCCAGGAACACUGAGUUAUUUAAGUAUAGGUUAAAGUUGAUAAGUACGUAUCACAAAAUUGAAUUGGUCAGGCGCAGCGCAGUGACCGAGAAACUCAAAGUGUUUAACAGUGGCUGACAUGAUCAAGAA